GGCCGCGGAGAGCAGGGCCUGUCCGCUAGGCCGCGCUGUCGAGUUUGACAUUUCCCGGUUUUCCCACAUCCAUGAGCCGGUGAGACGGAGACGGAAGGCGGGCGGCAGCGGGUUUGCCGCUGGGUUUUUGACCCCUCGAUGGCGGAGACGAAGAUAAUUUACCACAUGGAUGAGGAGGAGACGCCGUAUUUGGUGAAAGUGGCGGUGCCGCCGGACCGGGUCACUCUCGGUCACUUCAAGCAGGUUCUUAACAACAGGCCGAGCAGCAGCUUCAAAUUCUUCUUCAAGUCCAUGGACCUUGACUUCGGGGUUGUAAAGGAAGAAAUUUCAGACGACAAUGCCAAGUUACCGUGCUUCAAUGGGAGAGUGGUCUCAUGGCUGGUCCUGGCUGAAGGCUCAGCGUCUGACGGGGGCUCACAGUGUGCAGACAGUAUGUCAGAGUUACCACCCCCCAUCGAGAGGACCGGAGGCAUCGGCGACUCCAGGCCACCAUCCUUCCAUGCUAACACUGCCGGCAGUCGGGAUGGACUGGACAAUGAAACAGGGGCAGAGUCGAUCCUGAGCAUCAGGCGAGAGCGGGAUCGACAUCGACGAAGGAACAGAGAACGAGAGGUGCAUGACGACGUUCCACGAGUAAAUGGACACACAAAACCAGAUCGGCAUCGCAAUGCAGGUGGUUAUGAGAGUGCCUCCACGGUGAUGAGCAGCGAGCUGGACUCGAGUAGCUUCAUCGAUUCAGAUGAUGACAACACUAGCAGGUUAAGUAGCUCGGUGGAGCAGAGCGCUUCCUCUCGACUAAUGAGAAGGCACAAACGUAGGAGGCGGAGGCAUCGCAUGAGACAGAUGGAUAGGUCUUCAUCGUUGAGUAGCAUCACAGAUUCCACCAUGUCCCUCAAUAUUAUCGCCGUGACACUCAACAUGGAGAAGUACAAUUUCCUGGGGAUCAGUAUUGUGGGUCAGAGUAAUGACCGGGGAGAUGGCGGAAUAUACAUUGGGUCAAUAAUGAAAGGAGGAGCUGUGGCAGCUGAUGGCAGAAUCGAGCCCGGUGACAUGCUUCUGCAGGUUAAUGAUGUCAAUUUCGAAAACAUGAGCAACGAUGAUGCUGUGAGGAUUCUUCGAGAAAUUGUAUCGAAACCUGGACCCAUCAGCUUAACAGUAGCUAAAUGCUGGGACCCCACCCCUAGGAGUUACUUCACCAUUCCCAGGACGGAACCAGUGAGACCCAUUGACCCAGCUGCCUGGAUUUCUCAUACCACUGCUAUGACAGGAACAUUCCCCCGCUAUGGUAUGAGCCCCACCACCAGUGCCAUCACUUCCACCAGCUCUUCACUAACCAGUUCCAUCCCAGAUUCAGAAAAGUAUGAGGAUUGUCCGCUAACAGUUAAGAGCGACAUGCCAGUUAUCGUUAAGGCCAUGCAGUUGUCUGACUCCGGACUGGAGAUCCGUAACCGACUGUGGCUGAAGAUCACCAUUUCAAACGCCGUCAUUGGAGCAGAUGUGGUCGACUGGCUUUUCUCGCAUGUGCAGGGUUUUAAAGACCGUCGUGAGGCACGGAAGUAUGCUAGCAGCAUGCUGAAGCACGGCUACCUCAGGCACACAGUCAACAAGAUCACCUUCUCUGAGCAGUGUUACUACAUCUUCGGUGACCUCUCUUCCAACUUGGCUGGACUGAGCUUAAAUGAAGGUUCCAGUAGCACAUCAGAACAUGACAUCCUCCCACCUCUCCCACAUCCAACCUGCGCCUGGCCACUGACUCAGGGCUUCCCAUAUCAGUAUCCGCUGCCUCAUCCGUAUUAUUCGCCUAAUUGCCAGGAUCCCACUUUGAACUAUGGAAAUGGCAGUGCUGGAAGCCAGCAGAGUGAAGGGAGCAAGAGCAGUGGAUCCAAUCGGAGCAUAGGUGAGAGAAGAGGCUCAGCGGGGAAGGAAAAGGAACAGAAAGCAGACUCCAAGUCGGUGGGUAACACCAGCGAGCCAGACCGCACCAUUGGGAACAACGUGCACUGCGAGCGACCAGCAAGCCAGCUCAGUCACCACAGCCACUGCUCUCACGGACCCCCGGGGGUCCCCCCUGUCUACCAGCUGCCCACGGCCUUAGUAACGAGUGGGCCUCCUGGAGCUCCUCCCGUCCGGGAUCUAGCGGCAGUCCCUCCCGAGCUGAUGGGCAGCCGGCAAUCCUUCCAAAAGGCCAUGGGUAACCCCUGCGAGUUUUUCAUCGACAUUAUGUGACAACACCUGCUUUCUUGCACUAAACAACACAAGUCUUUGCACACAACACUGCUUGUGUCUCACCCCUGGUGUUGCAGGAGCCUCGGGCUUCUAACCCUAACCAUGGUUCUAUAUCUGUCCUCCAUUAAUAACAACCUUGAAUGUGUUGGUUUUGGUAAAUAUUGGUGCCAAGGACAGCUUUGUGUAAGUGUAUUCCGCGUUUCAGUGUAAUCAUCACCUAUGUAGACUUUAAAGGGAUGUUGAAGACCUUUUGAUUUGGUUGGAUGUUUAUCCCUGAUGAGAUCAUUUCAUAUGGUCCUCUCAACGUCCAGUCAUCUGCUGUUGUGAUGGGCACUCCAUGUUAAAGUUCAUCCUGGUUUUUUCAAUGUGGAUUGUCCAACCCUUUUAGCAAGCACCUUUUCAUUAUACAGACACGGCUCAACACAUAUGGGCGUGAUUCCCUUUCCAGCUCAUUGACGCACAAGCGAUUCACUUUCUUUCUUCAAAAGUUAGCAGCAUUUCAAGAAUUAUUUUCUCUUGAAGCAUGGAGAAUGUUAAGCUACAUCUUCAAACAUUUUAAACAGCUCUUGCACUCUGUAGUCUAAUCCCCUGCACAAGAGAGGAGGUUGGAUGACAUAUCUUUGCACAUGCCAUGUUUUGGACAUGUCUAGGCAGUUUGGGCACUUUUGUUCAUGGUUACUGCUGAGCGAUGUGAUUGGAUCAUUCGGUCUCAUCAGUCAUUUCUGAAGGUUUACAAAUCUGUCUGGAACAGCUGUUUAUAAAUUAUAUUUUUCCUUGGUUCUGUGCUGCUCCCAGUAGUGAGACCUUCUGUAUCCAGUCUGCAACUACAAAGAUAUGUAUUGGAUUGUGUUUUAUUUUCCAAUUUUCACAUCACUCCUGAAGGUGCUGGCUCUCACCCGGGUUCACGUCCCUUCCUGUCCUGAAGCUACUGACGCUCAUGGGGAUAUGGAUUUACUGGGCCCCACCUGCCCUAAAACCAUGUUCAAGUGACCAUCCUUCAUGUGCAGUGACUAUCAGCAGGGAAUUCAAAUGAGAUUACCCUGUCUCCUGCUCUGUGGGGCACAUAUUCCCACUGGUGGUGUAGUCUGGUUCACUCCUGUUUCUGCUCCAUUUCCUUCCCCUUGAGCCCUGCCCUUAUCAAUAAAUGCAGAUCAAAUUUCCGUGGCCUUUGUGAGACCCUGAUUGCAGCUAACUGUCCCACCAGAAAAGCUGGCGAGAUAAAUUUCAAAACUUUAUGUAUGAGACCAGGAGAAGUGAGACUGUUUUGUGCCCCACAAGGAUCACAUGAGCCUUUGCUACCCCUGGCUCCCCUCACCAAAUUAACCAACCACUUUAACACCACCUGCCUCACACCCAGACUUACCCCAGACAGUCUAACAACAUUAGCCCAGAAAUCUCGAUGUCCUGUGUCCCAGACAGGAGUGUGAUGUGUGCAACUUUACCUCUGAUGUUCGAGAAACCGGAGAGUGGAACUAAACAAAGUUAACAGGAAACUGAGACACACAGACUGUCAGAGGUCCAGUCUGGAGUGGUGCAGUGUAGAGAAUCAGAUGUGAUUCCACCGGGUCGAACUGCAGCCCUCAGAGCACAAGAGUGAGCAAGGUAAGCUUUGUGUGUGUGUGUGUGUGUGUGUGUGUGUGUGCGCCACCAAUCCUUGACACAUAUCUGUACACAGGACAGUUCCUCAAGACAGUGAGUGUGAAUACUGUUAUAUUUGCACAAGUACCAACAUUCCAGGACUCUGCAACAUUCUUUGAACAAAAGAAACACUUAAAAAUUAAUUCAGCAAGGACUUUCAAUUUUAGCCUUUAGUCAAAGGCAGCUUCAAACAUUGCCUCAUCUGGGUCCAUCUUGUGGACACCUAGAGGAAUAACAGAUGCCGCACAAGGUCGGCUGUGCACAAAGCUCACUCUUUGAAUGUUGGCAUAAGUAGGUCCAGCACCUGGACUGCACUCAGCUGGAAUGGAAUAAUAAAACUAAUGGAAAUUUAUUGGAAAGUUUAAGAAUGCUAAUCAAAAUUAUGAGAAAAUGUAAAAAGAAAUGUACAGUAGGAAAUUAAAUUUUAUUAAAUUAAUUAUUAUAACUAUUCUAUAGAUCAAACUCACUGAAAAAAGUUCAGUCCAGACUGCAGAUCAGUUGGCAGCUGGGAGCUGUCAUCAUGUGUACCAGUGUUGUAGAUAUUGCAUUCAGAUUCUGUGUCUCUAUAGUUAAUAUAUCGCUGCAUCAGUGUAAAAGCUAUUUUAAAAACUAAAAAAUUUACAUUUUU